CGAUUUUGUCCUCGUUGUCCGCUAUAAAUUAACCCCUUCGGCUCUUGUUUUCUUCAUUCUGUGUUCUUCAAUUGAGCUUCUAACCAACAUCAUUUCUGUUCAAGAUGCAAAUCUUCGUUAAAACCCUAACAGGCAAGACCAUCACCCUUGAGGUAGAGUCGUCUGACACGAUCGACAACGUCAAGGCUAAGAUCCAGGAUAAGGAGGGAAUUCCCCCGGAUCAGCAGCGUCUUAUCUUCGCCGGAAAGCAACUAGAGGAUGGCCGUACCUUGGCCGACUACAAUAUCCAGAAGGAGUCGACGCUCCAUCUGGUCCUCCGUCUUCGCGGUGGUAUGCAAAUAUUCGUUAAGACACUGACCGGCAAGACUAUCACCCUUGAGGUCGAGUCGUCUGACACGAUCGACAACGUCAAGGCUAAGAUCCAGGAUAAGGAAGGAAUUCCCCCGGAUCAGCAGCGUCUUAUUUUCGCCGGAAAGCAAUUAGAGGAUGGCCGUACCUUGGCCGACUACAACAUCCAGAAGGAGUCGACACUCCAUCUGGUACUCCGUCUUCGCGGUGGUAUGCAAAUAUUCGUUAAGACAUUGACCGGCAAGACCAUUACACUUGAGGUCGAAUCGUCUGAUACCAUCGACAACGUCAAGGCAAAGAUCCAGGACAAGGAAGGAAUUCCCCCGGACCAGCAGCGUCUUAUUUUUGCUGGAAAGCAACUCGAGGACGGCCGUACGUUGGCCGACUACAACAUCCAGAAGGAGUCGACCCUCCACUUGGUCCUCCGUCUUCGUGGUGGGAUGCAAAUCUUCGUCAAGACCCUGACCGGUAAAACCAUCACCCUCGAGGUUGAAUCCUCUGACACCAUUGACAACGUCAAGGCUAAGAUCCAAGACAAGGAGGGCAUCCCACCAGACCAGCAGAGGCUGAUCUUCGCUGGUAAGCAGCUUGAGGAUGGAAGGACUCUGGCUGACUACAACAUCCAGAAGGAGUCUACCUUGCACUUGGUGCUUCGUCUCAGGGGUGGGAUGCAGAUUUUCGUGAAGACCUUGACUGGAAAGACCAUCACGUUGGAGGUGGAGAGCUCUGACACGAUUGAUAAUGUUAAAGCCAAAAUUCAGGACAAGGAGGGCAUCCCUCCGGACCAGCAAAGGCUUAUCUUCGCUGGUAAGCAGCUGGAGGAUGGAAGGACUCUCGCUGAUUACAACAUUCAGAAGGAGUCUACUCUUCACCUUGUUCUGCGUCUCCGUGGUGGUUUUUAGAUGGAUGGUGGUGUCAUGUUGGUCUGGUCAUUGUGGUUUCUUACUUGUAUGCUUUGUUUCACAAUUCAAAUGAUGGUAUGAUGAUUUAGUGCUUCGGCCUGUUGGCCUUAAUAUGGUUGUCGAUUAAAAUAAAAAUGGAUUGGUUGUUUUCAUCGACUUGUUUUUUUCAAUGAACUCGGCAUCGUAAUGGUGCAUUACAACUUGUA